AUGGUUGAAUAUUCAUCUUCUUCGUUUAGUGGGUCAACAUUAAAGCAAAGAACCAAGUUGGUUUGUUUUUGUGGUGUUGAUUCACCAUUGGUGACUGCUUGGACUGAUGAGAAUCCAGGGAGGAGGUUUCACGGCUGUGGGAGGUAUUUUGGCAGAAGAAAAUGCAAUUUUUUUAGGUGGUAUGAUCUUGAGGUACCUGAUAGGCAGAAGAAAAUAAUUCGAGCACUGUUGAGGAAGAAUGAUCAAUUGAAGAAGAAAGAAAGAAGUUUUAUUAUGCUAACUGCUAAGUCAUUCAUGAUGUUUUCUAAAAAAGCUUCUCUAGUUACUGUCAGUUCUCUUUUGAAGUUGUGCAAUGGAUGUUGUUCACGCCACGUUGCAAACUGUAUCAAAGACUGCAAUACGUCAAGGGCUAUUUACACUGCUGCUAAAAGGUGGGGUUUCCGAUUAUCUGGUGGUUAUCAAGCAGAUGAUUCUUCGGAUUAUCAACAAAAUCGUGCUGGGUUGUAUAACCGAAGGUACAAAGGCACACUCGUAGAAGUACUAGAUAGUUUUUGCAGGGAUGGUAAAGUGAAUGAAGCGGUUGACAUUUUGCAAGUGUUGGAAAAGCUUUAUAUUCAUAUGGAUUUGCAGCGUUGUUUGCAAUUAAUGCACGUUUGUGGGAAGACUAAGUCUCUUGAAGAGGCAAGAGUUGUACACAGACAUGCUUUGCAACAUUUGCAUCCUCUUACGGUUAGCACAGACAAUAGAGUAUUGGAGAUGUAUUUUGAAUGUGGUUCUCUAGAUGAUGCAAUCGACGUGUUCAAGAGCAUGCCUGAGUACGAUUUGACUACUUGGCAUACUAUGAUAAUGCAACUCGCCAAGAAUGGGUUUCCAGAAGAUUCAAUUGAUAUAUUUACUCAAUUUAAAAACAUGGGACUAAAACCUGAUGGCCAAAUGUUUAUUGGAGUUUUUGGUGCAUGUAGUAUGUUGGGAGAUAUUAGUGAGGGAAUGCUCCACUUUGAAUCCAUGAGCAAAGACUAUGGCAUUGUACCAACAAUGGCCCAUUAUGUCAGUCUAGUAGAGAUGAUUGCUAGUAUUGGGCAUCUUGAUGAAGCAUUGGAGUUCAUUGAAAAGAUGCCAAUGGAACCAAGUGUAGAGGUAUGGGAGACUUUGAUGAAUAGUUGCAGAGUUCAUGGAAACAUUGAGUUGGGGGAUCGUUGUGCUGAACUAGUUAUGAAGUUGGAUCCUUCUCGUUUGAAUGAGAAAGCUAAAGCUGGCCUUUUACUUGGAGAAAUUUCAGAGCAGAACAAAUCAACAAUAAAUAAUCAUCUAGAAGUUCAGAGUCAAGUCCAUGAAUUUCGAGAUAGAGAUGCUUACGAUCCAAAAAAUUAUAAGAUAUGUGCUUUACUUAGAGGUUUGAGAGUGCAAAUGAAGGAAGCUGGCUAUAUUGCAGAUACGGGGCAUGUGUUGCAUGACAUAGACCAGGAAGGCAAAGAAGAUGCUCUCCUUGCCCACAAUGUGAGACUGGCUGUUGCUCAAGGUCUCUUUAACAGUAAGGUUCGUUCUACUAUUAAAGUAAUUCAGAAUCGCCGUUUUUGUGGUGAUUGUCACACUGCAGUGAAGUUUAUUUCUAAGCUUGUGGGAAGAGAAUUCAUCAUCCGAGAUGCUAAAAGGUUCCACCAUAUGAAUAAUGGGUUGUGCUCCUGCCAUGGUUAUUGGUGA